UUUAUUUUGAAAGCGUCGCCUCCGGAAGAAGCUCUGCGUUGGCGACAUGCGCAUUUGAGAGGAAGAAGUCCAACAGCUUUUAGCAACAACAGAGAAUUGUAAACACCGGGCAGCUGUGUGGCUUUUCUGUCAGUUUGUGAUGGAAAUAUAAGGCUGAUUUGAAGGUGUUGGACCAAAAGUUUUUCUUCAAUCCAUGGACGCAAAGCCAAUGCGAAGGGCCACUAGCGCACGUCAAGACACUACUGGAAUGGACAUCACCAGUCGCUGUACUCUGGGGGACCCCAACAAGCUCCCUGAAGGGGUCCCCCAGCCAGCGCGCAUGCCUUACGUCUCAGACAAACACCCACGGCAGACCCUGGAAGUGAUCAACCUGCUGAGGAAGCACAGAGAACUCUGUGACGUGGUGCUGGUGGUGGGCGCCAAGAAGAUUUACGCUCACCGUGUGAUCCUGUCGGCCUGCAGCCCUUACUUCAGGGCGAUGUUUACGGGAGAGCUGGCAGAGAGCAGACAGACUGAAGUGGUGAUCCGGGACAUCGAUGAGAGGGCCAUGGAGCUGCUUAUUGACUUUGCCUACACCUCCCAGGUGAUUGUAGAGGAGGGAAACGUCCAGACGCUGCUCCCCGCCGCCUGCCUUCUCCAGCUGGCUGAGAUCCAGGAGGCCUGCUGUGAGUUCCUCAAAAGGCAGCUGGAUCCAUCCAACUGCCUGGGCAUCAGGGCGUUCGCAGACACGCACUCCUGCAGGGAGCUGCUGCGCAUCGCAGACAAGUUCACCCAGCACAAUUUUCAGGAGGUUAUGGAAAGUGAAGAGUUCAUGCUGCUGCCUGCCAACCAGCUGAUUGACAUCAUCUCCAGCGACGAGCUGAACGUACGCAGUGAAGAGCAGGUCUUCAAUGCUGUCAUGGCCUGGGUCAAAUACAGCAUCCAGGAGCGCCGGCCUCAGCUGCCACAGGUUCUGCAGCACGUCCGCCUGCCGCUGCUCAGCCCCAAGUUUCUAGUCGGAACUGUGGGUUCAGACCCACUCAUCAAAAGCGAUGAAGAGUGCAGAGACCUGGUAGACGAAGCCAAGAACUACCUGCUUCUGCCACAGGAGAGGCCGCUGAUGCAGGGCCCCAGAACCCGGCCCAGGAAACCCAUCCGAUGUGGAGAGGUUCUUUUUGCAGUCGGCGGCUGGUGCAGUGGAGACGCCAUUUCCAGCGUGGAGCGCUACGACCCGCAGACUAACGAGUGGCGCAUGGUAGCGUCCAUGAGCAAGCGGCGGUGCGGAGUUGGGGUCAGCGUCUUGGAUGACCUGCUUUACGCAGUGGGAGGUCAUGACGGCUCGUCUUAUCUCAACUCUGUGGAAAGGUAUGAUCCAAAGACGAACCAGUGGAGCAGUGAUGUGGCCCCCACCAGCACGUGUCGCACCAGUGUGGGCGUUGCUGUGCUUGGUGGUUAUCUAUACGCUGUGGGCGGACAGGAUGGAGUGUCCUGCCUAAAUAUUGUUGAAAGGUAUGACCCAAAGGAGAACAAAUGGACUCGAGUGGCCUCCAUGAGCACCAGGAGACUGGGUGUUGCUGUUGCCGUCUUGGGAGGAUUUCUUUAUGCUGUCGGGGGGUCUGAUGGGACAUCUCCAUUAAAUACAGUGGAGCGAUACAACCCACAAGAAAACCGCUGGCACACCGUGUCUCCCAUGGGAACCCGGAGGAAGCACCUCGGCUGUGCGGUCUACCAGGACAUGAUUUACUCCGUCGGAGGGAGAGACGACACCACGGAGCUGAGCAGCGCCGAGCGUUACAACCCUCGGACCAAUCAGUGGUCUCCUGUCGUUGCCAUGACGUCCAGGCGGAGCGGGGUGGGUUUGGCCGUGGUGAACGGCCAGCUGAUGGCAGUCGGGGGCUUUGAUGGGACGACGUAUUUAAAAACGAUAGAAGUCUACGACCCGGACGCCAACACAUGGAGGUUGUACGGAGGAAUGAACUACCGGCGGUUAGGUGGAGGGGUCGGUGUCAUCAAAAUGACUCACUGUGAAUCUCACAUAUGGUAACACUGCCUCCUCCUCCUCCUCCUCCUCCUCCCUCUGCUGGCACCUUCACUCCUCAUCAUGUUGCAGCGGGACGCUUCUUUUCACCAAUGCCUCCGAAAGAGACGGCGGGAAUGACAGAAGGGUGGGGAUGGUGAAGGGAAAAGUAAAACUGUUGAACUGGAGUUCAUCUCCCCUCCCUCUGCUCAAAGGUCAUUAACUUUUCACCAAGUUUACAGCACGUCACAACGCUUCCAGUAGAGAGGAAAGAACGUCUCCCCCUGCAAGACGGGGUUUCCAAGCACCUCUGCCUGGACUGGAAUUUUGAAAGAACAGGCUGCUGUAACCGUUAUCGCCGAAGACUGACUUUAAAGUUCAGAGGGAUUAGAAGUUAAACGUCGAUUCACUUGAAGAAUCGGCGCUGGUCUGACUUUCAAACGGCUCUGGAUCAUCAUGACAGAACGGUUUGUAUUUACUGGAAGAAGUACAUCUGUGAUUUCUCAUUCUGUAAACCCAAUCGACCACAUUUGAAAAUAUCUAAACAAAUAAGACGGACUCAAUUGUUAACUCGGUGACAGUAAAAGCAGAAAACAUUCAGCUUUUUUAGAGGAAUUCCCCAAACUUCAAGGUUCAAAGAAACACCCUGUUGUUAAGUUGGAUAUUUCUGUGUGGCCGAUGAGACGAGUCAUGUCUGAUUGUACUGAUUUCUGUCACCAAAGAAGGUCUGAAGAACUGUCCUGCAUGUCGGCUGAAGGAAACCGGCUCUGUGGCAUUCCUUCAGAACUAAAGAGGAAAAGAAUUCGGCUACAGCAGCAGGGCAAAGUUUUCUUUAUGUUCGUGUGUAUACACUAUAAACGUCUUCUUCUGUGAUGAUCAACACAGUUUAACUUAAGGGUGGAUUUAGUUUGGAAGGUUCUCUCAGAGUUUAUUGCACUACAGGUAAACAUGUAUUUUUUAGAUUUUAUCAAUUUUUGUUAAUUGUGUUUUUAAUGUGGGCGCUGUCGGAUCAACAGAAAUCAAUUUUUGGAUGAGUUUGGAACCAGACAUUUCAGAUACUCUUUAUUUAAAGGGCGUGCAGGUCAUCAUGACUCGGCGUUUCACGUCGUCUCUGCAGCAAACUCAGAGGUAAUCAGGGCUGACACACGGAGACGAGCGAAGCAUCAUUUUCAAUAAAAGGACCUAGCUUGAAUGUCUGUUUCAGUGAUCGUGUCACUUCAGCUGUUCAUUCUAUGUGUGUGAGGUUCACGUCUGCCUUCACUUAAAAAAAAAAAAAAAUGUUUGUGUUUGUAUUAAAAUUUCCUGAAUGUCGACAUGCUGUGCUGUCAGUCGUUGGGGGAAAAUGUGACUCCGUUUGGCCAUCUGUGCCCGCCUUUUCCUGCAGAGCUGUUUGAAACUCCACUCACUUUAAGACCUCUCGUUCUUUUUUUUCUUUUUUUUUUCCAUUUUUCCAGGUGAAAAGAAUCACUUUAAAUUUUUAAAAGUAAGUUGAUAUGCUGUGAUGUGACUGAACUAUUUUUUUCCUUUUUUAAAAAUGAAGUUUUGUUCCAUCAGCUGAAAAGUUUAGUCCUUCAUUUUCUUGUUUUUUACCCAGAACCCCACCUCUGAUCCUAAACUGAGUGGAGUUUCCUGUGUAAUCUCCUAACAGUUUGUUGUGAUCGUCAGUUGGCCUUAAGAAAGUGAUGAAUAUUCAGAUGUCCUGUUGUUUAGCCUCUGAUCACUGAUGUAAGCUUUGUCAUUUUGCUCAUGAUAAACAGAAAAAUGCCCAUCGUGAA